AUGAUGAUGCUUGAAUAAAAUAGUUGCUUGGAAACCACAGAUUUAAAAUAGAGCCAUAAGUCUACAAAUGAGUAUUUAAAUCAUAAAAAUAAUUUGUAGAAUUUCUUUAAUUUAUUUUAAGCGUAAGACAGACUAGAGAGAGAUUAUUUGAAAUUUAAAAGUGGCAGAAAUUAAAUAUAAAGUAAAAGUGUAAAAAACACUAGAUACCAAAUAAAAUAAAAGGAGAGAGGUAGGGUGCUAAAAAUUGGAAAAAAAGAGUAUCGGGGUAGGCACUAAAUAAAAUACAAUCUACUAAAAUAUUAUAAAAAGGAAAUUAAAUUUUAAAAGGAAGGAUACAAGCAUUAAAUUUAAUUAUCAAAAAAAAGAUUAGAAAGCUAAUUUAAGUAUUAUUUUGAAAUAUAAACUUUAAAUAGACAUAGAUCAGAAAUAAAAAGAAACUACCCUAUAAUCCUUUACAUAAACUAAUAUUGA